AUUCUCUUGCACAACACUUCCAUACACUCCUCCCUCCCCUAGUUCAGGAAGUUGACUGUAUAAAAGGUUCUCUUUCCUUCACUCAGCUCACACUUUCUCUGAGAUAUAAACCCUCAAAGACACAGCCUUCAGCAGUCACCAUGAACAAGAUCAUUGUCUAUGCGCACCCUGAUUUCCGCGGUCUCAGCAUGGAAUUCACCGAUGACAUUCAAAACCUGGUCCACAAAAACUUUGACAACUGCAUAUCCUCAGUGAAAGUGAUCGGGCAACCCUGGGUAUUAUACGAACACCUCAACUACAAGGGGUUGGAGUGGGUCUAUGAGGAAGGAGAGUACAGCAAUGUCAGUAAGCAUGAUACUGUUUCUUCACUGAGGCUCAUCACAGAGGACCUGCACGACCCUAAGAUCACUCUGUAUGAACACUCAAACUACAAAGGAAAAGAAAUAGUCCUCACCUGCGAGGCAAAUCUGUGCUAUGGUUCCUUCAAUGACAUGGCAUCCUCCCACAUUGUGCAAAAAGGUGCUUGGCUUCUAUAUGAGCACGGAGACAGAGGAGGCAGAUACAUCACGGCCCGGGAUGGCGAGCGUGUUCCUGACUAUGGUGUACUGUCGUUCCAUGACCGUGUGUCCCACCUGCGCCCUCUGAAGCCUGGCAAGGGGACUGUGACUGCGGAGGUCCUCUGGGAGAAGAAGGAAGAGAAGGAGAAGUCCUUCAUCAUCGAUUCUAUCUGUGGUCUGAACCCAACUGACCAUGAGCAAACCUUCUCCACAUCACUCAGCAAGGAGUACACAGGUACUAUCACUGAGAACUUCAGUUUUAAUAAUUCUACAACAAUUAGUGCAGGGACAACUUUCUCUGUAGAUGUGUUCAAAGUGAAGAAAGAAUUCACUUUGUCUGUCAGCAACACCUUCACAGUUGAAAAGGGGAAAUCUGAAUCACACACUGAGACAAAGAAGGUGAACAUCACCCUACCAGCGACAAUCCAUCCGCACACCAAGCUCUCUGUGUCUGUGAUCAGGAAAGAAGUUGAUGUAAAGCUGCCAGUCAAGCUGACUAUAACUCAGGGCAAGCACAGUGUGAUUGAAUAUGGAGAGUAUAGGUGCCAAUCAGGGCUGACCUUGCAAACUGAGUACAAAGAAGAAAAAAUAGAGUUUUCUUCACAGAAAAGGGAAUGAUUAUGUGAUUAAUAUACCCUUAUAACUGUAUACAGCAUGUCUUUAGCACUGUCUAUGAUCAUUACUUGAACUCAGAUAUAACAUGCUACUGCAGCAUUGUAUAAUGGUGGAUUGAUUUCUUUAAAAUAGAUUUCAGUUUAAUGGUGCUUAGUUCUUUUGUUAAUCAUAGAUCUCAAUAUACAUCUGUUUAAUGAAAUAUGGGUGAAUGGUGAUUGACUUCAGCAACAUCUUAAUCAUUUAGUUGCUUAACAUGUUAUUUCAGAACGUCAGCAUUGUCAAAUGCAGUGUAUUGGCAGGCUGAUUUUCCCAAAGUAAAACUAAUUGACUACUCAAACUGUUAUUAGAACUGUUUCUGUUUUGUAAAAUACUAAUAAUGUCACAAUGAUAGAAAUCAAUGUUUUUCAAAUGGUCAUCGGAUUAAAGUGGUCAGAAGAUAUAAUCAUGUAUACUGUAUUUGUACUUACAAAGAUGUUUAAUGAUUUAGACCUGUAGUGUAAAUUGCAAUUCAGACUAAUGCUUUAUUGAAGAAAAAUACAAGUCAUAUUUAGUAUUCUGUUUUAUCAAUAUCAUAUAUAUAUAUAUAUAUAUAUAUAUAUAUAUAUAUAUAUAUAUAUAUGUGUGUGUGUGUGUGUAUAUAUAUAUAUUGUGAGAUGGCAGGGAGAGGGUUAAAACCUCUCUGAAGAAAAAACAUGUGCGGAAGGCACACUUUUGUUUUGUUAAUUGUUUAAUUGUUUUUGUUAAUUGUUUUAUUGAUUGAUCAUUACCUGCACCUAGCUACUAUUGAAAAUUGGAGCCAGGUGCAGGGUUUAAAAGGAGAGCAGUCAGUCUGCUUGGGGCAGCUGCUGAAGAGGGUAGAAGCCCGACUGUGCUGGUGUGUGGGUACAGCCGUAAUUUAAAAAGAAAAAGGGUAGAGUGAAGCCUUUUUGUUGUGUGUGUGUGCUAUUCUGUUUGUUUUUGUACAGGUAAACAGCUUAGCUGUCCUGUUUAGUUUAUGUUCCUGUUUUGUUUUAGUUAUUGCUCAAAGAAGAGCUAGGUGUUUGUUUUGUUUAUUUUUGUUUUUGUGUUUAUUAAAAAUAGUGCAACCGCGCUUCAAAAAUCCAUUCCUGUGUGUGUUGGGUCGUGUUUUAAAGGGGCAACGAGUAAGAAUUUAAAACGUAUCAUUACUGACCAUUCUGCACGAGUAGUAGGAGCAUGCUAUGAUUUGUAGUAUUUAAUUGAGCAUUUAUAUCCAUUUACAAAGUCGAUUUUAUAAUAUACAUUUACCUAUCUAUUCUGCCAUAAUCACCUGUAUCCAGUGCUUGAAAUGAGAAAAAAAAUAAAUAAAUAAAGUGACCUCCCUCUCUCAUCACCACGACUUGACCUGGAUCAUUUGAAAUGGUUUUGUAAUCCACUCUGGGAGUUGCAGUCUAUGCUCUGCUAUGACGUUAAUCUUACAGCUGCUGGUGGGCCAACAAAGUAACAACUAGAAAGUCACAUAAAUGCAGAACAGAUAGUCAGUGACUCAAAUAUUUGAAAUUGAAAAGUGGUGGUGAGUACGGCCCCAUUUCAAGCACUGCCUGAAUCAACUGUUGAGUAAACAGAGUAACUGACAACUUUCUGUUGGUAUUUCUUUGUUUGAAAAUAAUAAAUUAAAUACAAUGAUUUCUUUAUACCAUUUUAAAUUUGUAUGAAAAGUUUACAUGCACAAAACUACACGUAAUAGCUUUAUUCUGGUAAUUUUAAACUGCUUACAAUACAUACAUAUAUGGUGAAUAGCUCUCGUGACACAGCAAGGAUCAUGGGAUCACUCAUUAAAUACAUACACCUUUAAAACAGUAUGUACAUUCUGCUAUAACCCCACCCUGUGUCAUUAAAACAUUGCUUGUAAGUGAUGUAAUGGAAUUUUUGUAACAUUGCAAUUGCAAAGCUUGCUCAAAAGGAAGCAAAUAGGUUUUAAGAUACCAAUACAGACUGUAACGUUAGGUUGAAGUUGAAGCCUGUCCCAAGCCAAUAGGGCUAGCGGGACAUGUAUUAAAGGAAAAUAAUGAUUUUGUGUGUAACAAAAUGCAAAAGUAUAAUUUGUUUUAAACUAAACUGGCUGUUCCUUGGAACUCACGGGGGGGGGGGGGAACUGCCCCCCACCGGCAGGAGUAGCAACAACCAAUCAGAGACUUAUUAUUAACCUCUCUAUUCAGACGAACCAAUGAGAAUCUAAAGUAAACAACCCUUGUGGGUAACAAGGAGCAACCAGUAAACUAAUUUUAGCUGUCAUGUCUAGCGUGCACUUGUCUGAUGACUGUUUGUAUGAUUCUCUGAAAUGGCUUGUUCUAUAGCCUGACUGUGACCCUAUAUGGUGUCCACUUCCUUUGUCUUAUAACCAAUCCUUAUAUGGUUACACUGUUUAAUUUCUUUCUUGUAUGAUGUUCCAGAAAACUAUAUAAGCUGCAUUUAAAAUUAGCUCAGUGUGCAUCUCUGCUGAUUGCUAACGGAGCCUGUGUUAUUCCGUUGAGUGCGCCAGUUUGCAAACUUAUAAUAAAGAUCUUUGAUUGAA